CACAGACUGACUGACCUCAAUCAGCAUGUCUUCCAAAGUUUUCCCCACAGGCUCCCGAGCCAAGGACAACCAACGUGCAAGUCAGCUGCUGCAGCAGCAGCAGCAGCAACAGCAUCAAGAGCAACAGUCGUUCCCAGAGGCCAACACUGAAGCCAUCAACUUCCUCGACUCCUUCCGGCUGGAGAAACUGCUACUCUUCUUCCCCGAGACUCUGGCCAUCGUCUCAGACACAGGCGAGCCUCAGGGAGAGCUGACCAUCGAGGUGCAGAAAGGGAAAUACAGGGAUGAACAGGGCAUCCUGACCCACUGUCUACUGGUUCACGCCUGUAGCCGAGGCUUCAUCGAUAAAUCGCCAUGCGGAAGCUCCCUCCUAGGCUACCUAACCAAUAAGCUGGAGCUGAUGGAGCAGCACAGUCAAGAGUUCAUUAAGUUUCCCAUCCUCCCCAUGGAGCAGAAGAUGAGUAUCCUGAAGCAGGAUGACCAGAUGGUUGUGACCAGAAGUGUCAAGGAGGGUGAGGAAACCAAGACUGGAGUCUCAGUCUUCCCCUGUCAAUCACUUAAGGGCUUUGUCUCCAGCGCCGCCAAUCUGGUGCUUCUGAGAGUGAUGGCCUGGCAGCGGUCAGUGCCCAGCGGUGCUCGCUUCCUGGCCUUGGACACGGAGGGCAAACUAUGCUAUUGCACCUAUCAAUCCCUGGGCUUCCAGACAAUCCAACUGGGCCACCAGCAGGCUGAGAUGUUCAUCGUGGAACAAACCAUCCACUCUGAAGAAGACAUCCCCUUCUCCUGUCAAUUCUACUUGCUCUCUGAUGGGCACCUGGCUAAGAGAGUCCAGGUGGGCUCCCCAGGCUGUUGUAUCAUCACUAAGAUGCCCCUCUUGAGGGAAGAGGAUGUGAUUGAGCCUCCGCCCCAGUUUGAUAAGAAGCCCCUGGUGUGGGAGGAAGACCUGGAGUUAUACUCGAAAUUCCUGAACCGGAAGGAGCAGCUGCGCCUCAGCCACACCAGCUAUCUGCGGCAGCACCCCGAGGCCCACGCGCUGAUCUCCGACUUCUUGCUUUUCCUGCUGCUCCGCCGGCCGGAGGACGUGGUCACCUUUGCUGCUGAGCACUUCGGGUCCUUCGAGGUGCUGCGCCCGCCGGUCGCUGCCCUGCGUUCCUCUCACCGGCCCAGCCCUUUCCGCCCACUGGAGUCCGAGGAGGAGGAGGAGGAGGAGCAGGAGGAGGAAGAGGAAGAAGAAGAAGAAGAAGAGGAGGAGGAGGAGGAGGAAGAGCAAGAGGAGGAAUACGAGGAGGAAUACGAGGAGGAAUAUGAGGAAGAAUACGAGUAUGGCGACUACUUUUACGCCGACGAUGAUGACUAUGAUGAUGAAGACAACGACGAUGACGACGACGACAACGACGGAGAAAGCGCCAAGGACGACGACGACGACGAAGUCGACGAGAAUGAUGACGGAAGCCAGGAUAUGGAUCUGGACAUCCAGAGGAGUUUGGAUCUGGAAAAUGACUAGACUCCAUGGCUCAGCUGGGUUAGAACUCACUGUAGCCAGCUGUGGAACUGCACACCUUUAAUCCCAGCACUCGGGGAGCUGGCUCUCUGUGUGUUUGAAGCCAGCCCCAUCUGUAUAGUGAGAACUCCCGGUGUACAACAGCAGGCUGGCCUUGAAUCUGAGACCCUCCUGCUUCUGCCUCCCACGUGCUGGGAUGUCAAGUACAGACCACCACACCUGGUUCAGCAGUUGCAUCCUUAAAAAAUUGUUCUGACUAAUGGAAUUAUUGAAUCACUUUGAAGGCUCUUGUCAUAUUGCUUAUUGGACGUCAGCAUUGCUCUCAUCAAGGGCUCAUGGGCAUUUCAGCAAGAGGAAGGGACCUGAACAAAAGCAAACCAGAAGCGGAUAUGGCCUGCACCGCUUUCUACCCAGCCAGGUGCGCGUGGUCCUGUAACCCAGGCUGCUUAAGAGACGGAAGCAGAAGGAUGACAAAGUCAAGGAUUGCUUGGGCUACAGAGUGAAUUCCAGACCAGCCUGAGCAAUUUAGUUAGGUUUUGUCCCAAAACAAGACAAGAAGUUAAAAAAAAAAAAAAAAAAAAGGAGAGGGGUAGGCUGGGAACAUAACUCGGUGGUAGAAUGCCUAGCUACUACCAUUAAGGACCUAGUACUGAAAACCAACAAUGAACAAACCCAGGCUGUUUAUCCUUAUGAAGGUGCAGAGAGGUCCUCUGUUGGGCUUUCCUUUACUAACCCUCUGACUGAAUCUCAUGUUUCCUGGAAACCAUCACCAUUGGGACAUCUCCAUCCGAAAUGCUCUGCUGUUUAAUCACCGCAAAUAGCCUGUAGUUUAGUUAGGAACUCUCCAGAGCGAGUUCCAGGACCAUGAGAAGGUUUUGCUGCCUGAAUUAGUCUGUCAAGACUGUUAUAAGAAAAUACCCUGGGGCUGGAGAGUUGUUUUAGUGAUUAAGAGGCCUUGUUCUUCCAAAGGACCCAGAUUUGAUUCCCAGCACCCACAUGAAGGCGCAUCUCUUUCUCAGGCACCAGGCAUGCAUGUGAUGUCCAGACAUGCAUGCAGACAAGGCAUUCACAGACACACAUGCAGACAAGGCGCUCACAGACAUGCAUGCGGACGAGGCGCUCACAGACAUGCAUGCGGACGAGGCGCUCACAGACAUGCAUGCGCACGAGGCGCUCACAGACAUGCAUGCGGACAAGGAGCUCACAGACAUGCAUGCAGACGAGGCGCUCACAGACAUGCAUGCAGACAAGGCAUUCAUAGACACGCAUGCAGACAAGGCAUUCACAGACAUGCAUGCGGACGAGGCGCUCACAGACAUGCAUGCAGACGAGGCGCUCACAGACAUGCAUGCGGACAAGGCGCUCAGAGACAUGCAUGCGGACGAGGCGCUCACAGACAUGCAUGCAGACGAGGCAUUCACAGACGCAUGCAGACAAGGCGCUCACAGACAUGCAUGCGGACGAGGCGCUCACAGACAUGCAUGCGGACGAGGCGCUCACAGACAUGCAUGCGGACGAGGCGCUCACAGACAUGCAUGCGGACGAGGCGCUCACAGACAUGCAUGCGGACGAGGCGCUCACAGACAUGCAUGCAGACAAAGCAUCUAUACGAAUACAAUAAAUCCAAAACAUUAAAAAAGAAAAGAAAAUGCUUCGAGCCCAGUGUGGUGGUACUACCUGUAAUACUGGCACUUUGGAGGCUGAGGCAGGAGAAUCUUGAGUUCAAGGUCAGCCUGUCGAUGAAUGGAAACUGCUGUCUACACACACAUACACACACACACACACACACACACAAAAUGAAACAAAAAUAUCUAAACUGUGAAAUCUAUAAGCAACAGAAACAGAAAUUUAGCCAGGCAUGGUGGUAUACACCAUGAUUUAUUUGUUAUGUGUGUGCGUUUACAUGUGCAUGUGCAAAGCCCUUAGCAUCCAGAAGAGGAUCAGAUCCCCUAAAGCUGGAGUUACAGGCAGUUGUCAGUGGCCUGACAUGGGUAUUGGGAACUGGACUUGGUCCUCUACAAAAGCAGUACAUGCUCUUAACUGCUGAGUCAUCUCUCCAGCCCAGGUCUGCUUGCUUGUUAGUUUGCUUGCUUGGUUUUUGUUUUCUGUUUUUGUUUGUUUGUUUGGGGGGUGUUGAGACAGGGACUCAUGAAACAUAGGCGAAGUACCUUUCCUGUGCCUGUUGUAUUCAGGUCUAGGUCACCACUCUGUUCGUGCUGGGGAUGGGGCCCACUGUGGUGGCAGGCACUCUGUUAAAUGAGCUGUUUCCUCUGCUAGCCCCCAAACCUCUCGUUAUAAGGGCAGUAAUCCCAUUUUUGAAUGUGACCUGUAACAGCCCCAAGGGUCCUGCCUCUUAAUGCCAACAUCACCU